GAUCGGCUAUGCUGGUCGUCUUAGUUGACGUGCUCACAUUUACUGUAGCGAUGUUUGUUAUUAGCAUGUUAUUGCUAACUCGCUCUUUUUGCUACAGUUAGCAUACACGCUAAUGGUUAAACGUCGCCAGUUGUUGUAUAGAUGUUGUCAUAUAGUCCAGCGAAUGUUGACCGGCUGCACACGUUUGUGUUUUGAUAGAAGUCGCAACAUCCUUUAAUGCAUUGUUAAAGGUGUAUGUUGACGUUUUGUCUGAAUGCCAGCCAUCGUAUCCUAUGAUCAUUGUAUUAGCCCUGCAGCAGUGAACUAAUGAAAGUGUUAGCAUAAAGUGUCAGUGCUGGUAAUGUGGAGGUGCUUCAAACGUUGUCAUUUUGCUGCAUAUAACAACAAUAACAACAAUCUCAACGAAAAUCAAGUGGUCGGUUUCAGUGAUGGCGAAGUCAAGGACAAGAAGUGCGCAAUAUGUUCACAGAUAUUUACCACGGAGAGCCAGCUGCAGAAGCAUCUCCGUGAGCAUGAGGUCAAUGACAAGCCUCAUCGAUGUGACCAGUGCUCACAGACAUUUAACGUGGAAUUCAACCUCACACUCCACAAGUCAACACACACCACCUCUGACUUCACCUGUCCUGUUUGCAAAAAAAAGUUCUCUCGCAUCGCCAGUCUGAAAUCCCAUACUAUGCUACAUGAAAGGGAAGAGAAUUUGAUCUGUGUCGAGUGCGGCGAUGAGUUUGUUCUUCAGAGCCAGCUCUCUCUCCACCUGGAGGAGCACCGUAAGGAGCUGUCUGGCACCAUGGUCUACACCUGUAAGACUUGCGGGUUGGAGCUCAAGACAUCGGCACACCUUAAGGAGCACAUGAGAAAUCAUGUCAAAAUGAGGCCCCUGUCCUCUAGUUCAAGAAACUACAAGAAAAACAUUGAUCGCAGUGGGUUCACCAACAGUUGCCAUCAUUGCGGAAAGGCUUUCAAAAAGCCCAGCCAACUUGUCAGACACAUACGGAUACACACAGGAGAAAGACCCUACAAGUGCACACAUUGCAGCAAGGCUUUUAACCAGAAGGUGGUGCUGCAGACUCACAUGGUGAGACACACCGGGGAAAAGCCUCACCUCUGUAUGUUCUGCCCAGCUUCCUUUUCCCAAAAGGGGAACCUGCACUCCCAUGUUCAGAGGGUUCAUUCAGAGGCAAAAGGUGUUCCUUUGUUCCCGUGUUUGGACUGCAGCUGUGUGUUUAAGAAGUUGGGCAGUUUGAAUGCACACAUCAGCAAGAUGCACAUCUCUGUCAUUGAUGUCCCCUCCAGUACUUCGGAGACAGACACAGGAGGGCCUGCGGGGUCAGAGGGCGGAGAGGCAGUCACAGAUGUCAUCCAGCAGCUCCUUGAACUCUCUGAACAAGUCAACGAGACACCCCAGCCCCAACCCCCGGAGCCAGCUAUUACCAUUGAAACUGCCAUUAACCAAGACAUCCUGCAGCAAGCUCUGGAGAACAGCGGACUGAGUGUGGCCCCCACCCAAAAUGAUGUUGCCAACAGCAGAGAGUCUCAGAACCAAACAUCUGAGGGUGCUAAUGUAGAAAUGAAAAAGACCUCGCUUCCAGAUAAACCCUCCAGAGAAAGAAAAAGAAGCAUUUUUAAGAAGCCUGUACAAAUGCCAGGCUCCAUUAGGGAGGAAAAUGGCAUCCGCUGGCAUGGGUGUCCAUAUUGCUCCAAGGAAUUUAAGAAACCGAGUGACCUUGUCCGCCACAUUCGCAUCCACACCCACGAGAAGCCUUUCAAGUGCAAACAGUGCUUCAGAGCAUUUGCUGUCAACAGUACCCUCACGGCGCAUAUGAAGACUCACACAGGAAUCAAGGCAUUUGAGUGUCAGUGCUGCCUCAAGUGCUUCUCCACAUCUGGCAGCAUGAAGGUGCAUAUGCGGCUGCAUACGGGUGUUCGUCCUUUCUCCUGCCCUCACUGUGAUAAGAUCUUUCGCACGUCCGGACACAGAAAAACACAUAUAGCCUCUCACUUCAAAAACUUGCAGCAGAAGAAGCACAAAUUUCCACGAAAAGCAAACAAAUCUAAAGUGUCAAAGAGUAAUUUACCCUUACCUGACAUCCCACUGCAGGAGCCCAUUCUUAUCACUGACUUUGCAGGCCUCAUCCCAUCUCAAAACCCCCGUCUGGCUUUCCAACAGUACUUGGAGGUGGUGGGCAGUGACAGGCCGUACAAGUGCCAGUUCUGCAAUAAGGCCUAUAAGAAAUCUAGUCACCUAAAACAGCAUGUUAGGUCUCAUACAGGAGAAAGACCAUACAAGUGUGUGCAGUGCGGUCGAGGUUUCGCCUCUUCAGGUGUUCUCAAAGCGCACAUCAGAACCCACUCAGGACUUAAGGCAUACAAGUGCGUUAUGUGUGACACUACGUUUACCACCAGUGGUAGCCUGCGACGUCACAUGACAACUCACAGUGACCUGCGACCUUACAUGUGCCCUUACUGCCAAAAGACUUUUAAGUCAUCUCCAAACUGUAGAAAACACAUGAAGACACACAGAUACGAACUGGCUCAUCAGCUACAGCCACAGCCAUCUGAAGAUCCUCUCGGAGCAGGCACGGUUCCUCAUGAUAUGCAGGAGAUGGAGGGGAACACCCUUCAGCAACAACCUGCAAAUUCAAACGAGCAAGAAAGCAUGCUAGCUCUUGGCCAAGCAGAGGGUGUAAACGGAAGCCAAACGGUAACACUAGAAGCACCGCUGACUGACCAACCACUGGUACAAGGAGAAGACUCUUAUGUGACUACCCAGCAUGCUUUGACUCAGAAUAUUACCCAGUUUGAGACGCCAGCCCUCCCUCAGACCACUUUCGACCAGCAAGCUUUAACGCAAGGCUUUGCGAUGACUGACUCGAGCUACAACCAGGGCCAGUUCUCUACAGUCCAGCAACUACAGGAUUCCAGCACCCUGGAGUCCCAGGCCCUUUCCUCCAGUUAUCACCCACCCAAUCUGCUUCAUGUUCCCAAUGCUGAAGUGACAAACGGGCUUCUUCAGCAGAACGAUCAGGGAGACCUGCAGCUGACCAGCGAGCCACAGGACUACCAAGAAGACAGUGAAGACAACAUCAAGCGAACCUACAGAUGCAGUUGGUGUAAUAAAGGUUUCAAAAAAUCUAGUCAUUUGAAACAGCAUUUACGCUCCCACACUGGAGAGAAGCCAUACAGAUGUCAGCUCUGUGGAAGAGCUUUUGUAUCCGCUGGAGUGCUCAAAUCACAUCUGAAUACACAUACAGGAGUGAAGCCCUUCAAGUGUAACAUUUGUGACGCUUCUUUCACCACCAACGGCAGCCUGAACCGCCACAUGAUUAUCCACGUUAAGUCAUUCAAAUGCUCCAUGUGUGAUGAGAGCUUCAGGACAAGCCUGCUGUGCAAGAAGCACAUGAGAAAGCAGCACUCCAUAGAGACUCACACUAUUGGUUUUGAAGGUCAAGACGUGGAGCAGGAGGAGGAGGACGAAGAAGAUGAAGGGGAUCAUAAAACAUCCAAAAGAAGGGGUAUGGAAAUCAUCACCUUCACAGAGGAGCAGACGGCGGAACUUGCGAAAGAUCCCGGCGAAGAGGCAUCCGUAUCAGAGAGAAUCCUGGCCCAGUCCGCGGCCGAGAGGGAUCGCAUCAGCGAGAUCAAAGAUAAAGCGGUGGAGCUGGAAACGGAACCCAAGUUUGCCAACUGCUGCUCUUACUGCCCCAAAAGCUUCAAGAAACCCAGCGAUCUUGUCAGACAUGUUCGAAUCCACACGGGAGAGAGGCCCUACAAGUGUGAUGAGUGUGGAAAGAGUUUUACAGUUAAAUCUACUUUGGAUUGUCAUGUAAAGACACACACAGGUCAGAAACUGGUCAGCUGCCACAUGUGCAACACCUCCUUCUCUACUAAGGGCAGCCUCAAGGUGCACAUGCGCCUCCACACCGGCUCCAAACCUUUCAAAUGUCCUUUCUGUGAGCUCCGCUUUCGGACGUCCGGCCAUCGCAAAACCCACAUCCAGUGCCACUUUCGGGCUAAUAGCGAAAGCCGCAAAUCCAAACGGACCUCUUCGUCUUCCAGUCAGACCAGUCACACUCAAGACGCAGACACGGGGCAUUCUGAGGGCUCGGGCCAAGGCCAGAGUACAACAGCGCCAGAGGCACUUCAGAAUGUGGGGCUGCUACAAACUCCCAGCUCAGACUCGAAUAUUUACCUACCGGCAAAUCAAGUGCUGACUGGACAGUUUGACCAGAAUCUGCUGCAGUCGGGCCUGGUGGGACAGGCAAUCCUGCCUGCCUCGUUGUCAGGAGAUCUGAAUGUGUCCUUAUCAGACGGCCUGACCACACUGGAGGGUAUUCAUCUUCAGCUGACACCCGCCAAUCUUGUGUGCCCGAAUGUGCAAAUUUCCGGCAUCGACACGGGCAACAUAAACAACAUCACCUUACAGAUCGACCAGGCUCUCCUCCAGCAGACGCUACAACACAGCGGCCUCCUUUCCCAGCCUCUAAAUGUCGACACCGGCCUUGUCCUCCACUCCGGCAGUCAACUCAUGUCCGCCAGUGACCCUUCUGUGUCAGCCAAUGUUGUCAUCCACCCACUAAGCAGUCUGGCCCUGCAGCCCUCCACCCUGACCCCUGCCCAGGUCACAAUGGCUGGCCUCUCAGAACAGGACACUACAGGCUCUCAGGACCUGAGCCAUGUCAUAAGUGGCACAGGACUAGUGAGUGCAGGCAACAGCGGUCAGGAAAUCACACUCACGAUUAACAAUUCCAGCCUGACACAAGCCCUAGCGCAAGUCCAGGCCCAGGCAACCGCUUCUGGCACAAACACUUCAUCAGGAAACCCUCAGGAGAUCACACUCACAAUAUCCGGUCAAGACCUCCUCCCCCAGCACAGCAACCCCAACAGUGCAGAGAUGAACGGCAGCAUCACUAACGACCAUCUUCUACCUCAGAAUCCCACCAACGCCGCAAUGGCCGUCACCAGUCUUCCAUCCAGCACCGUUUCAUCUCAAGGCCUUGUUAUGUCACCAGGAGGUGUAGCAAAUGAUGGCAGCGUAACGCUGACACUUGCAGAUGCCCAGGGAAUGCUAGACGGCGUCACCGUAAACCUCAGUACACAGCCUCAGACGUUCCCUGCGGUGCUGAAUGACACCAGUCUUCCACCAGGGCAGUCGGCCACUUCGGGCCAGCCGGUGAUACUGGUCAGCCAUCAUUCCCAAUCUACAAUAGGAGCAUCUGACAAUGGAUAUCACAUUGCGAGUGAUAACCAAAAGGGCGGGAAAGGUGACUCCUCAGACGCUGAUAAUCAGCACAAAUGUUUCUACUGUACUCUUGUGUUACCCAAUGCCAGCUCCCUCCGCCACCAUUGCCGUCACGCUCACAGCAAUGACCGAUGCUACGUCUGCAGCAUCUGCAACAAAGCCUUUAAGAGAGCAAUGCACCUGAAGGAACACGAGCAAGUGCACCAGCCAGGUCCAUCAGCGAGCUCCCUCAAACCGAGAGUUUUCAGCUGCUCCUCAUGUGGGAAGGCCUUCGCGAAGCGCAGUCAACUGGAAAGACACAACCGCACGCACACAGGAGAACGGCCCUUCAAGUGUUCUCAGUGCGACAAAGCCUUUAAUCAGAAGAGUUCCCUGCAAGUGCACAUGGUGAAGCACACGGGGAAAAAGCCCUUCAAGUGCGAGAUAUGCAGCAUCAGGUUCACCCAGAAGAGCAACAUGAGGCACCACAUGAAGAGAGCACACGGUUACGGUCAGAUUCAGGAAGUGACCGUUCAUCAAGAAGAACCACCAUCUCAGGUCACAGUAACCCCUGAACUUGACCUGGAAGUGGUCCCUGAAUCAUCCGGAGAUUGGCAUAAUGUUUUCCCGUGAAAAAACCAACCCCAGAAUACAAAACAGUAACGUUUUCAUCCAUGUGAUAACCUCACCUAAGCAUCGGCAUCCAAGAGAAGUCAGAGGAGAGAUCGUGUCUUCUAACGACAAUUCUGACUGAACUGUGAAAAUUCCCAACCCCCCCCCCUACAGAAUGAGGAACUAACUUUUUACUGGUCUGCUCGCUGGGACGAGUGCAGGCGACGGUACUACUGCUGAAAUGGCUUCAAACUCAGCUGUACAGGAGCGCAGUUUUUUUUCUGUGUUUUAUUUCAUGACUUGGUUCUCACAUAUUUAUAUUGUAAAUACUCUGUAGCUCCUUUUGUAUAUAGUCAGUUAGCUUGUUUAUACUUAAGGAGGAUUUUUUUCAUAGCUUGUUGUCGUUUGAGCCUCUUACAAGUGCUUAUUGUAAAGCAGACAUAUUUUUUCAGUUGUUUUCUAUUGUCAACA